AUGGAAGAGAACAGAAGCUUUUACAGUCCACUAGACCGCUCACAAAUAGCGUUCAUCCCAGCAGAUCUAGAAUCCAUCAGCGAGAAUGAUCCCUCGGUCGAACCAUCACCAGGACUGCCUAGGUUGAGCGGGGACUCUCACAUUUUCAAGGAGUCGUUCAGAGACUCUUAUGUGCCCUCAGUAACAUCGCAAAGUAUUUUCAGCGAGGCACAUCCCCCCAGCUCACUGAGCUCUGUGGACGAGCUGGACCGCCUUUCUAGCCUCUCAAGCGGAUCCUCAUGUGGUACCAACAUGAGUUACGCGGCUCGCUACAAGAUUGUGCUAAAACUUACAUCGCGUGAGAUCAAGCUGAUCCGCGAAUCUUGGUCGAUGAUGCUGAACGACGAGCUUUCUGGCGAUAACUUGCGCACGUUUAUUCGGAAGAUAGUACACGAGAUAGGUGGACUGCCUUGGGUUCGUGCAUCAGGCCGAAGGACCCGCAACAACUCCCAAAACACGUCCUUAUCCGCUAAUUCGUCCGCGUCUUCCCCGGGCAGCGGGUCUCCUCCCUCCCCCAAGCACGCCUCCGCAAUUCCAACAGGCAAUACCGGCGCCUUUGCUAGCUCCAUUUUCUGUCAGCAGUUCUAUGGAAACUUGCUUUAUAUGGCUCCCAGCAUCGAGGCAAUGUUUCCCUCUAUCCGCCACCAGGCCGUAUCAUUCGCGGGCGUUUUGACUAUGACUGUUAACAAUCUCGAUAACCUCUCCGCUUUGGAGGCUUACCUAUGCGCACUGGGGAAGCGCCACGCGCGCAUUCUCUCCAUCGAGCCUCCACACUUUGAGCUCAUGGGGCUCGCCUUCCUAAAAACCAUCAAGGAACGCUUUGGCGUUCACUGUACUCUAGAGCUUGAGGAAACAUGGUCCAGACUCUACAGUUAUUUGGCAAACAGCAUCCUGCAGUUCGGGAUUGAUCCGGUGUUAAAAAUCGAUGCUCUGAAAAACGAAAUGAUAUUCCCUGUACUUGAUGUCACAAAAGGUCUCCCAAGCACAAAGAGCAUGUUCCAGCCCUUGCAACCAUCCGCCCUCAAUGCACAUGCGCUAGCAACUCAAAAGCUUCGGAACAACUCCAGGCCCGAAAACAUAUCACCACUCACAAAGCCUCCCAUCUCUAGCAAGAAAAGUCUUCCCAUUUCCACAUCAAACCGAAACAUUUCGGGCUCUGCUCUGCCACAACAACACAAGAAAGAACAGCAAAAACCAAAACCACUCGGCGCGAGUGCAUUGAAGCGCGACAGUGACAAAGACUGCGUCAUUAUGUAA